GAAGUACAUCAAUGCGCAUGAUUUUUGCUCUACUUUUGAAUUUUGUCAUUUUUAACAAUUUCAAUGAAAUGCCUAAUAAAGAGACAGUUGCAAAGUAUAUACGAGGAUGGGUGGGUGCUGUAGGCAUUAUGGCGAUAGGGAAUACAUACCAGUGCUUCAGAGAUCCAAGGUUCUUUACUGAAAAAAUCUACACUGAAAUUUCAGCAAAAGAUUACAUGUUGUCUGCAAGAUUAUUUGGUAUCUGGAAUUUCCUGACAGCCUCAUUACGCCUUUAUUGUGCUUUCUUUAUCAACAAUCGACAGUAAGCUAUGAAAAGUUUACAACUUUACCUUGUGGUCAUUCCUGCUAUCCCUUGUACAUUUUCUCUCUGAGGUUCUAAUUUACAAGUCAGCUGCAUGGUCUCCUGGUCUGGUUACAACACUACUUGUCUCAGUGAUAUCUAUUGUUGUGAUGAUUAUUGGGUAUUGGUACAUAGACUCAGAGGAAGAUAUGCAUCGAGAAUCAUUGGAGAGGAAAACACGAUGAUGGACUCACAUUGGAGAGGAAGUCACAAUGAUGGACUCAUGCAACAAGUCUCAGGCCACAAGUCAUGACUCGUACUGUUGCGCUGUUACAGAUCCUACA